GGCGGCCGCCGCAGUCGGCGCGCGAUCGCGGAGCCGGGCGCAGCCGGGAGCCGGGCCCCAGCGAGCAUCGGGCCGAGGAGCGGCCACCGGCCCCCGCCUCCGGGCCGGCCCGAGCGCGCCCGGCCCGCGGCCCGCUGCCCCAACCCCGACCCCGGCCUUCCGCAGCCUGCGCCUGCCCUCCCCCGCCUCUGAUACUUGCCCGCCGCUGCCGCCGCCGACUCCGCGGACAUGUCCUUUCCGCAGCUGGGCUACCCGCAGUACCUGAGCGCCGCGGGGCCCGGCGCCUACGGCGGCGAGCGCCCGGGGGUGCUGGCUGCGGCCGCCGCCGCCGCGGCUGCCGCCUCGUCGGGCCGGCCGGGGGCGGCGGAGUUGGGCGCGGGAGCGGGGGCGGCCGCGGUCACCUCGGUGCUGGGCAUGUACGCGGCGGCCGGCCCCUACGCGGGCGCGCCCAACUACAGCGCCUUCCUGCCCUACGCCGCCGACCUCAGCCUCUUCUCGCAGAUGGGUUCACAGUAUGAGCUCAAGGACAACCCCGGGGUGCACCCCGCCACCUUCGCAGCCCACACGGCGCCCGCCUACUACCCCUACGGGCAGUUCCAGUACGGGGACCCCGGGCGGCCGAAGAACGCCACGCGGGAGAGUACCAGCACGCUCAAGGCCUGGCUCAACGAGCACCGCAAGAACCCCUACCCCACCAAGGGCGAGAAGAUCAUGCUGGCCAUCAUCACCAAGAUGACCCUCACGCAGGUCUCCACCUGGUUCGCCAACGCGCGCCGGCGCCUCAAGAAGGAGAACAAGGUGACGUGGGGCGCGCGCAGCAAGGACCAGGAGGACGGCGCUCUCUUCGGAAGCGACACCGAGGGGGACCCGGAGAAGGCCGAGGAUGACGAGGAGAUCGACCUGGAGAGCAUCGACAUCGACGAGCGCGACGGCGACCAGAGCAAUGAGGACGAGGAGGACAAAGCCGAGGCGCCGCGCGCCCCCGACGCGCCCGCGGCCCUCGCGCGGGACCAGGGCUCGCCGCUGGCGGCCACCGACGCACUCAAGCCCCCGGACUCGCCCCUGGGCCUGGCCAAGGAGCUCCCGGAGCCCGGCAGCACGCUCCUGCUGAGCCCCGGCGCUGCGGCGGUGGGCGGCCUGCAGGGCGCGCCGAACAGCAAGCCCAAGAUCUGGUCGCUGGCCGAGACGGCCACCAGCCCCGACGGUGCGCCCAAGGCCUCGCCGCCGCCGCCUUCCGGCCACCCUGGCGGCGCGCACGGGCCCCCCGCGGGCGCGCCGCUGCAGCACCCCGCCUUCCUGCCCAGCCACGGACUGUACACCUGCCACAUCGGCAAGUUCUCCAACUGGACCAACGGCGCGUUCCUCGCACAGGGCUCGCUGCUCAACGUGCGCUCCUUCCUGGGCGUGGGCGCGCCGCACGGCCCUCACCUGUCGGCGCCGCCCCCGCCGCAGCCACCCGUCCCUGUGGCCGCGGGGGUGCUCCAUGGCGACAAGGCCUCGGCCCGUAGCAGCCCCUCGCUCCCAGAGAGAGACCUCCUCCCCAGACCGGACUCGCCGGCGCAGCAGUUGAAGUCGCCCUUCCAGCCGGCGCGCGACAACUGGAUCUCGGCUUCUGAUCUAAGUGUGUCCCGAGUGCCCCGUUCUCUGCGAGACAGCCCGUGCCAGCCCCAGGGGGCUCAUGUUCCAUCUGGACCGAGACCAUCUCCGUGGAGGGCCCUGCCCAUGGGGCCAGCCAUCCCUGUAAGAGGGGCAUCCUGACUGUGAGGCCGUGGAGUUGCUCCUAGUGCCCAAUGGCUUAAGGACGUCCCGGAGCUACCCAUGACUUCGGCCACUUCGCUUGAAAUCAGACACUCCGUUCUGGUGAAGGGGCUCGGGGUCACGCAGGGAUCGGAAUGUUCCAGCAGCCAGUUCCAAGGUACUGGAAGGAAAGCAGGAGGCAGGGCUCCCUGGGGAGGCUGAGCUCGGGGAGGGGUGUGCCCAGCCAGCCAGUUAGCGAGCUCCUUCCCAAAGACAUUUCCUCAUCCGCAGGGUUUCUCUUCAGAAGGUCCACGGCUGCAGCUGCCCAGGGCGCCCCCAUCGCAUCUCCCACCCUAGUACUUGGCUUUCUGGGUCGGGGGUGGGGGGGCAGGAGCAUGCGGGGGUGUCCCUGUGUUUAAACACCAUACAGGACCCUGGGGACACAUUCCUUCCUGGAGGACCCAGUCCUCACUGUUUUCAGCAGACACGGCACAUUCUAUGGUAACUUUCCAAGAGCCUGCAGUGGUAGGCCCUCUUUCUGCCGGUGGCGAGAACACAUUAAAUGCAAUUUGCUACUUGCCUUUAGUGUCUUAGUCCAUCAGGAGAGCAUUAAUUGAUGGCAUGAGGGCUGUUCCCCGCACCCAGUGCCUGGGAGGGGGGUCUUCAGGGAAUUCUCGGAGAUAGAGCACUCCUGUGGCUUUCGUGUUGCUCCCUCUCUGUAUCAGAUGAGAUGCUCUAAGAACAAGAACAGCUGGGGAUUCUGUUCCUCCAAGUGCGGUUUCCAGCCCUUCUGGUUCAUGCCUUCGGUGAAAACAAUUAACUUUUGUAUAUUUCAGGAUACAGGCAGGACCUUGUGGAAAUCUUAUUUAAUUAUGUGCUAUAUUAAUGUUAUAUUGAUUAUGUUAUUGCCUGUAAAUCCAGUUGCUUAAUAAAGCUGCAGUCAUUUUGCAAUAA